CUGAAAAAGAUUAUAUGAUAAGAGUCAUAACAACAUUAUUAUGGCUUUGAUAUUCAGCCAAUGCAUUUGUGGGGAAUAAAAUUACGCCUCCUUCCAAACUACACACACAAAAGAUUGGGCUAAAUCAAUCUGAAGUAAGUCUGUACAACAGCUUGACUAAGAGAAGAGCUCUUCCUUGAGGAGAUGGUGUUCUUGAUGCGGGAGAACUUUGUGAUGAUAGAAAUACAAAUCCAGCUGAUGGAUGAUCAGCAGAUUGUCUCACUCUUGAAGCUGGGUUUGAGUGUCCCAACCCUGGUCUUCCCUGCGUAGAGAUCUGCGGAGACGCAGUUGAUGGAGGUACUUAUGAGUGAGAUGAUGGUAAUACAUCUCCAAACGAUGGUUGUGAUGAUAAAUGCAGGCUUGAAGCUAUUGGCUUUGACUGUCCCACCGUCAAACCCUUUCCAACAGUCUGCACAGAAAUCUGUGGAGAUGGCAUGAACUUUGGAAAUUAUCCUUGAGACGAUGGUAACACUGUAGGAGGUGAUGGAUGCAGCGCAACAUGAUCUGUUGAAAAAGGAUUUUGAUGAGACAAAGAAGGUUGCAAUGAUAUCUGUGGAGAUGGCCUCGAAGGAGGAGGUACCCAUGUCUGUGAUGAUGGAAAUGUUAUCUUUGGAGAUGGUUGCGAUCAUAGAUGCGAAUACGUUUCAGGAUUUACCUGUUCAGCAACCUUUCCGACCACUUGAGUUGAGAAUUGUGAUUCUGAAGAUUGGUAUUUUAACGCAUGAGAAGAUUACAACGGUGUUAAUGGAGAUGGUUGUAGUAAUACCUGUGAAGUCGAGCACUCCUAUCAAUGAGAAGAAGGAGAUCCCUUGAACCCAGAUGUCUGAAUAGAAAUCUGUGGUGACGGUUAUGAUUUCUUCAAUUACCACUGAGAUGACGGUAAUUAUAACUCAGGAGAUGGCUGCAGUGUCCUUUGCCUCCCAGAAGUUGGCUACGAAUGAGUCAAUGGAACAAACGACAAGCCUGAUGUCUGCCCAGAAAUCUGUGGAGAUGGCCUUAAUUUUGGAUGGUAUGAAUGUGAUGACGGAAACCUUAUCAACGGAGAUGGCUGUGAUGACACCUGCCAAGUGGAAUUUAGAUGGAGAUGCUACGAUGGUACUCCUACAAGAAAAGAUACAUGAGAAGAAAAAUGUGGUGAUGGAAUUGAUCUCAAAAUUAAUGCUUGCGAAGACUCAAACGUCCUCGAAUGGGACGGCUGCAACCGCUAUUGUAAUAUGGAAGAAGGAUGGGUCUGCACAGGUGGCAACGUCACCCAUGCAGACAUUUGCUCAGAAACAUUCGGAGAUGGUUGCAGAGUUGGAACUGAAGAAUGAGAUGACAAUAAUUUAAUCAAUGGUGAUGGAUGCAGCUCACUUAUGAAAAUUGAAACUGGCUAUGUUUGCACUGGAGGGAAUCUUACUACAAGCAAAGAUGACUUUUGCACUGCUGCUAACUACACAGUUUCAGAUACAACCUGUGCCUGAAUAUCCACAGAGAAAGAUACAUGCACAGAAAUUUGUGGAGACGGUCUUAACGUCGGAGUCUGGGAAUGAGACGAUGGAAAUAACAGGAAUUAUGACGGAUGAAACUCUGUAUGCACUAUAGAAGACGGCUGGGAAUGAUCAGGAGGAAGUAAUAUUACAGCAGAUACUUGAAUUAUGAAGCCCAGACCCUAUGUUGAAGAUGUCUUUGUCAGCCUCAAUGGUAGUGUCGUUAUUGUCUGGUUUAAUGAGAAGAUGAAAUUGUACACAGGAUGGAAUGAAUCAGAUUUUAAUAUGUAUAUCACAGGAGAUCAAGAAGUAUAUAACUUUACUUGGUCAUUAAGAAAUGCUACUAGCUUGCAAGUAGUUGGCAAUAAUGAGUUUUAUUUUGAUAUUGAUGUGAAAGAUCAGAUAGCAGGGUAUGGUCACGAGAGAAUAAAUAUACAAUUUAAUAAUGAUCAGUACUUUGGUGCAGAAGCGACUACAUUAAAACUACUGAAUUGGACAGUUUCUACUCAUUUGCAUCAGCAAGCUUCAAAGCAAGAUGAUCAAUGUGGAAUUAAGUAUCCUAUCUAUUUAUUCUGGUUAUCAUUUGCAUGAAUGGUCUUUGUUGUAAUGUUUUACUCAUACAGGUAUAUGAACUCGAUGACUCCUCUUUGGUUAAUAAUUUCUUCUUUCCAGAUCCUCUUCAUGCACUGAACAAUGGAUCUCUAUAUUCCGACUUGAUUAUUAGACUUCUAUAGAGGUAUUGGGAAAUUAGUCUUCCUCGAACUGCCUGCACUUAGAAACAUUGUGACACCAGCUCACAAGGACGGGCUCAGUCUUAGGUUUAACGAUACAGGGUUUGACUCACCUGUAUUUCUCGCCAAUGCGAUCUGAGGUAUUUUUGUCAUAUUUUUCUUGAUACCUCUUAUGCUUGUCAGAUAUCUCAGAAAGAAGAACAUCAAAAAUGAAAGAUUACUUGAAGUGCUCAGAAGAUACUGGCAGCAAUGGAUAGUCGUUAUACUUCUCUUAAUCUAUGCUAGGCUUAGCUUCGCAUGAGCCAUUAAUUUUGAAAUAAUGACUAUCCUGGACUCUGAUAUUUUGACAGCAUCCUCUGUCCUGACAGUCUAUUGUGCUAUGUCUCUCAUAAUGCUGCUUCUUUUUUUCUUAUAUGUUGGGGUUCAUACCUACCACAGAACAAAGGAUGAUCGAAUCUCAAUAGAAUUAGGUAACCAAAGACCUAAAAUGGCUCAUGGGUCAAUGGACCCAUCCCUUCCUGCGACUAGAAUCAUGGUGUACAUGUUGGAAGAUAUUGACAUCAGAAAGGGCCCUGCCCCAUUCCACUACGUCCUAUACUUCUUAAGACUAACAAUAUGGGCAUUUGCGUUAGUCAAGCUCAGAAGAGAUGAAAUUGCAGCUCUUUGAUUACUCACAAUAAUGAACACGAUUUACCUUCUCUGGAUGAUCCAUGUGAGACCAUACAAGACUAAUCUGAACAACAGGUUGGGUAUUUUUGUCGAAAUGUGAACUCUUCUAAUAACCCUGCUAAUCUUCCCUUACAUCAGAGCUUGGCCACCGAGGGAUAUCUUCAUUGACUUCGCUAGGUACCAGUUCUUGAUCAUCUGGAUUAUGGUACUAGGCGUGACAUUCAUAAUAAUAGCAGACCACAUUUGGAAGAGAUUCAUUUCUAAAGAAGAUUACUACCAAAAACCUCACAGAACGAUUUUCCAAAGUAGGCCUCGCCUUAAGAAAGCAAAGAAGAUUCCAAUCCCAGAGCCAGUCAUCAAUGAGGCUGAAGGUGAAGGAGAGGAAUCAGAAGAGGAAAAAGAAGAAGAGAAAAAGGAGCAACCUAAGGAAGAGACUAAAGAACCUCCCAAGGGACAACCUUCAGCAACGUCUAGUUAUUACACUGAGGGGGAAGAGUCUGAGUAUGAAAGCGGAACUGAGAGAGACACCUCUAGACCUAGAAGAGAUAGCAUUAAUGAAGAAAGCAAGGAUUCUGGUCCAGAAGUCCUAUACGAGAAGCCUAACAACGCAGAUGAUAACAUCGAGAUGAACAUCCUCUCUGCAGAUGUGAAUUUAGCCAAUGAAGCGACUGGGGCUGAUUUCGGAGUUGGAGGCUCUUACAAUAAAAAUGUUGAUAAAUCCUAA